UUCUCGACAUCAGAACAUCACGAACUCUUCAAGGUAACGUCUACAAGAACAAUCAGUGAUAUCAUCACAAUACGUACAGAUUUAAACGAAUGUGAAGCAUUCAGUGAACGUAGCCAUGUUUUUACUAAACAUUAAAGCGUUGCUUGAUUGUAGCGUAACGAUCCAGUCAGUUAAGUACAGCGUACGUGAUUCGUCUUUCAUUUAAUUACAUUUAUAUUUAAUAAUAGUCUAGUGAAUAAUGAAGUUACAAAGUUUCCUUGUUAUCUCAUGCGUGUGGCAAUCGAUGGCGAUGCAGAACGAAUGCCGCGAACAUUACAAGUGUUUGAGUGAUUUUUUAAAAGAAUUCAUAGCUAGUUAUCAUAAAUUUGAUAUCGUAGUUAAAGAAACGAAAUACAACGAUAAUAAAGCACCGAAAACUUUGACGAAAACUAUAGAAAUCUCAUCUAAUAAUAUUAAUAAUUUUAUAAGACAGUUACUGACUUUAUUUAAUUUGGAAGUCGAGGAUCAAUUUGUUGGCAGUGCUGGUCAUUUGAGAAAAGACAAUCGAGUUACGAUACAUGUAUCUGAAAUCGCGACAGAAAGUUACGAUUAUAAAAAAGAUAUAGAGGCGGUAACUAGUAUACAAAGUCUAGUAAAGCAUACGAAUGAAAAUAAACGUACUAAAAACAGACAUAAUAAACAUAAACCAGAAAGUAAGAUACGUACAAACACAACUGGUGAUGAAAUCGAUGAUUAUUACGAUGAUCAUACGAAUUCAAGUGAUUACCCAGCUGUAGAUUAUAUAGAUUUCUAUAAAGAUACGACUAACGAACCGAUCAAAAUACUCGACAUGCCAAUUGAAAAGGCUUAUUUGAAAAAGUCAAAAGACGCAUAUAAAAUGGAUUCCAAACUAUGUCAAAGCGACCAGUGUAACUUCAAUUUCACCAACGAUAUCAGAAGUACGGUGUUCCCAUGGAUUGCUACAAUAUUCUUGAAGAAUGGGACAAGUGACCAGUUCGAUUAUUACUGCGAUGGAGUAAUGCUUAACGAAAAGACCAUACUUACAUCCGCUCAAUGCGUGAACAUCAAUGGUACGACAGUAAACGCGGAUCACGUGAUUAUUAUAUUAGGCAAGAGAUCUUUACUGAUGAUGGGUGAUAAAGAAAAAGUUCUUAAGAUAGUUCAAAUUAAAGUACAUCCAGAAUUCAAAAGGAACGGCAAAGAAGCUGAAAAUGAUAUCGCACUUUUAGAAUUGGAACAUCGCGUUGAAUACGACAGCGCGGUGAUGCCGGCUUGUUUAUUGACCGAGGAUAGAUUGGAAGAUUUUAUUGAAGAAAAUUUAGACAUCGUUACAACGGGCUGGGCUAUAAGUGGAGAACUAUCAGUUGUACCAUUCGAUAAACAGAAAAGCAAAGAUUGUGACAGUGACGCACAUUCUGAGAAUAUAUUUUGUGCCAAUUAUAAUAAUGAUGUAACUGUAUGCCCAAGUUACGGGAGUCUCUUCGUUACGAGAUCACCUGAAGACACUUGGUGCGUCCGCGGAUUGAGAACUGGUGAUCCCAGUAAGAAAGGUUUUUGUUAUAACAAUGGAGUUUUCUACACAGAUCUGCUUCAGUACAUGAACUGGAUUCAAACGCAACAAUAAAAGCGACAGAUUAUUAAGUUAUUUUAUUAUUCACAUACAUUCGUGGAAAUUUGCGAUGUUCCACUUCAGGGAAAAUGCCUUGUUUACCUAACGAAACAGACUCCGUCUCUUAAAAAUAACUAAUUAGGUCUUAGUUAACCUGCACUGCCUUAUUUUAGUUUCUUUCCCUUUCCACCCUUUUCUUCAGAAUAAAGGAUGGGAAAGAAAGGUGGAUUGGACGGUGGAGGAGAC